AUGGUGGACGUCGGAGAAGACGAGCUUAAAAAGCUCGAAUACUUGUCUUUAGUGUCUAAAGUUUGUACCGAGCUUGAUAACCACUUGGGAAUCAGCGACAAGGACCUCGCUGAGUUUGUCAUCAGUCUUGCAGAGAAGAACCCAACAUUUGAUGGAUUUAAGUCUGUACUGCUUAAAAAUGGGGCUGAGUUUACAGACUCUCUCAUCAGCAAUUUACUCCGUCUCAUUCAAACUAUGCGACCACCAACUAAAGCAUCCACGAGUAAAGGGUGUGAGCCUAUUGCCAAGCCAAAGAGUGAGAAAGAUCGAUUAAAGGAGAUGUUUCCUGCCCUGUGCAGACCAGACAAUCCUAACACUAGAACUAUGCUAGAUGAAGAUGACGUGAAGGUUGCAGCUGAUGCUAUGAAAGAGCUGGAGAUGUUCAUGCCCAGUGCCUGUGUGACAGACUCAAAAAGCAGCAAAAAAAGAUCUGAAGCCGCCGGCAGCAGCAGCAAGAAAAGUCGGAGGAGCAGGAGUCGCAGUCGAAGCAGAGACCGAGACAGAGACAGAGAUCGGGACCGGGAUAGGGACAGGGACAGGAGGAGGCGCCACCGCUCUCGUUCCCGCUCUAGAUCUCGUUCUCCGGAUAGAGAAAGAAGACGCAGGAGCCGCUGGCAUUCCCGCAGCAGGUCCAGGAGUCCUGCCCGAGGAGACAGGGAGAAGGGCUCUGACCGCUGGAAGGACAAACACGUGGACCGCCCACCCCCAGAGGAGCCGUCAGUAGGAGACAUCUACAACGGCAAAGUUACCAGCAUCAUGCAGUUUGGCUGCUUUGUUCAGCUAGAGGGACUGAGGAAACGUUGGGAAGGGUUGGUUCACAUCUCUGAGCUUAGGCGAGAGGGCAGAGUGGCAAAUGUGGCAGACGUGGUCAGCAAAGGUCAGAGGGUGAAGGUGAAGGUGUUAUCCUUCACAGGCUCUAAGACCAGCCUUAGCAUGAAGGAUGUUGACCAGGACACAGGUGAGGACUUGAACCCUAACAGGAGGAGGAAUGUUGGGGGAGAGGGUCAGGAAGAAUCAGCCAUGAGGAACCCAGACAGACCCACCAACCUCAACCUAGGUCAUGCUCCUGAGGUGGAGGAUGACACGCUAGAACGCAAGAGACUCACCAAGAUCUCUGAUCCCGAGAAAUGGGAGAUCAAACAGAUGAUUGCUGCCAAUGUCCUUUCCAAAGAGGAGUUCCCAGACUUUGAUGAGGAAACAGGGAUCCUGCCUAAAGUCGAUGAUGAAGAAGAUGAGGACCUAGAGAUUGAACUGGUGGAAGAAGAACCACCUUUCCUCAGAGGACACACCAAACAGAGCAUGGAUAUGAGCCCUGUGAAAAUAGUGAAGAACCCCGAUGGCUCUCUGUCUCAAGCAGCCAUGAUGCAGAGUGCUCUGGCUAAAGAGCGACGAGAAGUGAAACAGGCUCAGCGGGAGGCUGAGAUGGACUCCAUCCCCAUGGGUCUCAACAAGCACUGGGUGGACCCCCUGCCUGAUGCUGAUGGAAGGCAGAUUGCCGCCAACAUGAGGGGCAUCGGCAUGAUGCCCAACGACAUCCCCGAGUGGAAGAAGCACGCUUUUGGUGGCAACAAGGCCUCCUAUGGGAAGAAGACACAGCUGUCCAUUAUUGAGCAGAGAGAGAGUCUGCCCAUAUACAAGCUUAAAGAGCAACUCAUUCAGGCUGUUCAUGAUAACCAGAUCCUUAUUGUGAUUGGGGAAACGGGCUCAGGAAAGACCACUCAGAUCACUCAGUACCUUGCUGAGGCUGGAUACACUACACGGGGGAAGAUUGGAUGCACACAACCCAGAAGAGUGGCUGCCAUGUCUGUGGCAAAAAGAGUGUCUGAAGAAUACGGAUGUUGUUUGGGACAGGAGGUGGGCUACACCAUCCGUUUUGAGGACUGCACAAGCCCAGAGACAGUCAUCAAGUACAUGACGGAUGGUAUGCUGCUAAGAGAGUGUCUGAUCGAUCCCGAUUUGGGCCAGUAUGCCAUCAUUAUGCUGGACGAGGCCCACGAAAGAACUAUCCACACUGAUGUGCUCUUUGGGUUGCUCAAGAAGACUGUACAGAAGCGCACAGACAUGAAGCUCAUUGUGACGUCUGCUACGCUGGAUGCUGUGAAAUUCUCACAGUAUUUCUACGAAGCACCUAUUUUCACUAUUCCCGGUCGUACUUACCCAGUAGAGGUGCUGUAUACGAAAGAGCCUGAGACAGACUACCUGGAUGCCAGUCUGAUCACAGUCAUGCAGAUCCACCUCACUGAGCCACCAGGUGACAUUCUGGUGUUCUUGACGGGUCAGGAAGAAAUUGACACAGCUUGUGAGAUCCUGUACGAGCGGAUGAAAUCCCUUGGCCCUGAUGUUCCAGAGUUGAUCAUCCUACCGGUGUACUCUGCCUUGCCCAGCGAGAUGCAGACCAGGAUCUUUGACCCAGCUCCACCUGGCAGCAGAAAGGUGGUCAUUGCUACAAACAUUGCUGAGACCUCUCUAACAAUCGAUGGGAUCUACUAUGUGGUGGAUCCAGGAUUUGUCAAGCAGAAGGUGUACAACUCCAAAACAGGCAUUGACCAGCUAGUAGUGACCCCAAUCUCUCAGGCACAGGCUAAGCAGCGGGCAGGCAGAGCAGGCAGGACUGGGCCUGGGAAGUGCUACAGACUUUACACGGAACGUGCAUACAGAGAUGAGAUGCUCACCACCAACGUACCAGAGAUCCAGAGAACUAAUCUGGCCAGCACUGUGCUGUCUCUCAAGGCUAUGGGCAUUAAUGACCUGCUUUCAUUUGACUUCAUGGACGCUCCUCCUAUGGAGACUCUGAUCACAGCCAUGGAACAGCUGUACACGCUAGGAGCUCUGGAUGAUGAGGGACUGCUCACUCGUCUUGGACGCAGGAUGGCAGAGUUUCCUCUGGAGCCCAUGUUGUGCAAGAUGCUUAUCAUGUCCGUCCACUUGGGCUGCAGUGAAGAGAUGCUGACCAUUGUGUCCAUGCUAUCUGUGCAGAAUGUGUUCUACAGGCCCAAGGACAAACAGGCUCUGGCUGACCAGAAGAAAGCCAAGUUCCACCAGCCUGAGGGAGACCACCUGACCCUACUGGCUGUUUACAACUCUUGGAAGAACAACAAGUUCUCUAAUCCCUGGUGCUAUGAAAACUUCAUUCAGGCGCGCUCCUUGCGGCGUGCACAGGAUAUCCGUAAACAGAUGCUGGGCAUCAUGGACCGACACAAAUUGGACGUGGUAUCGUGUGGCAAAGCCACAGUGCGUGUGCAGAAAGCAAUCUGCAGUGGUUUCUUCCGCAAUGCAGCUAAAAAAGAUCCUCAGGAAGGCUACAGGACCCUUAUAGACCAGCAAGUGGUUUACAUUCACCCCUCCAGUGCCCUGUUUAACCGACAACCUGAGUGGGUGGUGUACCAUGAAUUAGUUUUGACCACCAAGGAGUACAUGAGGGAAGUGACCACCAUUGACCCACGCUGGCUGGUGGAAUUUGCUCCAGCCUUCUUUAAAGUGUCAGACCCGACUCGCCUCAGCAAGCAGAAGAAACAGCAGCGCCUGGAGCCUCUCUACAACCGCUAUGAGGAGCCCAACGCCUGGAGAAUCUCCAGAGCUUUCCGCAGGCGCUAGAAUGUCCUUAGAAGAUAUGUGUGGACUGCCAUUGUCCUCUUGUGCUGCUGCUGAGAGGUGGAACCACAAUCACACAGUGGAAACAGGAUGGAUGUCAUGGACAGAUAGUGAGGGAGUUGGCUUCAUCUCUACCUUUCACUUGAACUCAUUUGUAUGUACCCACAUAAACGUUAAAGAUCUGAAAUCUUUCUCCUUAAACCUUUUCACUGUUUAUCAGUAAAUAAGACCUUUUCUCAUUUUGAAGAAAACAUUUCCAUUUUGAAUAAACAAAUUUACAACAUGUGUUGUAAUUUAUUGUGAAGCAUGUUUCAAAUUGUACUUUUUUUUUUGUUCAAUGAUUCUAAUACGACCCAUUUUUUUUGUAAAAUUAUGUACAGAGAGUAUAUCUGACCCUGCAGCUCUUAUGACAUGGAAAAUAAACUAAUCUUAGGCAAGCAGACCACCAGUGACUGAAGUGCUGACAGGGAAGGAGGUUGCGAUUCAGUUACUUCUGUUAGUUCCUUCUGUUUCUAUCUUGCGCCGUCCUUGUUAGGAUUUACAGUCAUUUAUGGACCAUGACUCAACACAGGGUCAGUGUCCUCAGCCUGAGGAACAUUCUAUUCUAAUUGUGUUUCAUGGCAGGAAAUGAUUGGGAAUUGAAAUGUGCAGAAGCUUUUUUAUAUUGUUAACCCUUCAGUUCUGUUUUAUCAUCUGGGAUCAUUUCCGUGCUGCGUUUAAUAAACUUUUUCACUCAAAAA